CAUAAGACAAUGGUUCAGUUUCCAUCUUUUGCUUGGAUUUUACUCAUUCAUUCAUCAACUUUCUUAGUUACAUAUCUCCAUCACCUACUUCUUCGCUUCACUUUGAAUUCAUACAACAAAGCUCUACUCUUUUCUCACCAAACUUCAAUUCUAAAUAUCAAAGAGAUAGAUCAUGCAAACUUGAAUUGUUUUAUUCACUUUCAAUUUCAUUUUACUUUGUUAUAACCCUCCGAAUUUCAAGGGAAAAUAAAGAGAUUUUCGUAAUCUAUAAUCUAGAGUUCGAUUAGAAGGUAAGUAAAGUCUGACAAAAAAUUUGUUUCAGUCGGGUUGAAAUUCGAAUAAUAUAAUUGAUUUGGUCUACAGUGAAGCUCGUUAAGCAGUUGAAGUUACUUUGAGCUCGUUGAUUGAUGAUAGUAUAAUGGGAAAACAAGUGUCUCCAAGAAAUCCACGUCCUGAUUUUCAGGGUGCUGCUAGAGCAAUCUUAGGAAUGAAAGAUUACAAGAUAACAAGCAAUGAUUGUCGUUGGCAUUCCAAAACAUUGUUGCUACAUGGACUUAAAAAUGAUUCUUCAAAAUACAAUUCUAUUAGGAUUGGGAAAAAGAACAUCAAAACUAUUGUUGUCAUGUUUGGAUUGUUGGGUUGCCUUUUCCUUCUUGAUUCUCUUCUCAUCUCUUUUUUUGAGUUUGCAAAUCUUCAACAAAGUACAGCCUCAAAUAAUUCAAGUGAACUUCAGGGUAGAGAUUCGUACAUCAACGAGCAACGGUUGCCUAUAUAUAUGUACGAUCGGCUACUAAACUUGGCUUCGAGCGCUCUUGCAGAGAAGGAGUUCAAGCAAGAAUCAUCCAAAUUAUGGAUGGAACCAUAUAGGCAUGCAUCUUUAUGGAAACCUUGUGCACAAAGAAAAGUUCAAACCAAUCAUGGGAAGUCUGUGAAAAGUAAUGGCUACAUCUUAGUCAGUGCAAAUGGUGGUCUUAAUCAACAGCGAGUUGCUAUUUGCAAUGCUGUGGCUGUAGCAUAUGUCCUAAAUGCAACUCUUGUUAUUCCAAAAUUUCUUUACAGCAAUGUAUGGAAGGAUCCAAGCCAGUUUGGUGACAUAUAUCAGGAAGAAUAUUUCAUAAAUAUCCUGAAGGACGAUAUCGAUGUUGUGAAGGAACUUCCACCUGAUAUAAAAUAUCUGGAUGCAGAAGCAAUUGGUAGCCAGAUUACAGAUGCAGAACUUGCAAAGGAGGCCACCGUUGCUGACUAUAUUAAAAUUGUGCUUCCUCUUCUUUUGAAAAAUAGAGUUGUUCAUUUCCUAGGAUAUGGAAAUCGACUUGGUUUUGAUCCUAUGCCUUCUGAUAUUCAGAGAUUAAGAUGCAAAUGCAAUUUCCAUGCCUUGAAAUUUGUCCCAAAAAUUCAACAAGUAGCCUCUCUAUUGAUCAAAAGGAUUAGAAAAUCUAGUGCUUCACAAAGCAUGUUAGACACCCAGUUGCUGGGGAAGUUCAUCCACAACAAGGAAGAUCAUGAAGCAACAAAAAGCUCAACAAAAUAUCUUGCUUUACACUUAAGAUUUGAAAUAGAUAUGGUGGCAUAUUCCUUGUGUGAAUUUGGAGGAGGUGAAAAUGAGAGAAAGGAACUUCAAGCCUACAGAGAAAGACAUUUCCCUCUCUUUCUUGAGCGCUUGAAGAAUUCAACAUCUAUUUCUCCAAUGAAUUUGAGAACAAAGGGAAGAUGUCCAUUGACACCGGAAGAAGCAGCACUUGUUCUAGCAGGUCUUGGUUUCAAACAAGGAACUUACAUUUAUUUGGCUGGAUCUCAAAUAUAUGGGGGGAACUCAAGAUUGGAGGCCUUCAAUAGACUCUAUCCCAAUGUGAUCACAAAGGAAAAGCUGCUUACAACCACUGAACUAGCACCUUUCAGGAAUUUUUCAUCUCAGCUGGCUGCUUUGGAUUUUAUUGCAUGUGCAAGUGCCGAUGUAUUUGCCAUGACUGACUCUGGUAGCCAACUUUCAUCAUUGGUAUCUGGAUUCAGAACCUACUACGGUGGCGGUCAUGCUCCUACCUUACGGCCGAACAAGACAAGGCUAGCUACAAUUUUGACCGAGAAUGGCACCAUAGGAUGGAAUGGUUUUGAAGUCCGAGUCAAGAAGAUGAUUCUGGAAGGUCAGAAAGCUGCCAUAAGGAGUUAUGGAAGAAGCAUAUAUAGAUAUCCUAGGUGUUCAGAGUGCAUGUGCAAACACCAUUAGCAAGCUAGUUCAUGCAUUAACAAACCUGAACACUUGUUAAUAAAUAACACAUUUUGAGAUUGAAUUUGACUAACAGCAUAUUGAUGUUUUCCUGUCAUUUUUUUGGCUUCAUAUGAUCAUGAUAUUAUUCACUAUCUUGUAUACAAAUACUAAAAUUGAUAAUUUUCUUCCCCGAGACCGUGUUUGGUGGAGUAGUGUGCAACUGCCACCGUUAGUUUAGAGCUA